AGUUGAAAUUUGAAAAUUGAAAAGCGGCAACUGUAUGAAUGAUUUUGAAAAAGAGCUGAUGUUCCUCUGAACCUUUCUCACUGUCUCCACUCUCUUUCAUUAUUAUUAUUUGCUUCUCUCCAGGCAGCUAUCCUAUUCAGAUGGACCCGACUAUCAGCAGAGUCUUCAACAUGAUUGAGCAAGAUGCUGCAUCUCUACCAAACAAAGCUGAAAUCUGCAAACUCACUAGGCCUCACUUGAUUGCUGAAAUUGAGGAUUUCCACAGCUUAUAUCGCUCACUGGCUCUACGCUCUCAUCAUCUGAAUGCUGAAUUGCACAAGACUUUACCACCUGAAUUUCAUUUGCACGAUGCGAGCACUGUCCCCGGCACUCCGACGCUAACUCCUGAGCAAAAGCAGCCAUUGCACAAGACUGGCCAUCAAGCUGCCUCUAUGAGUUCUGAUAGUGCCACCUCUGACAUUUCAUUGAAAGCUGGUUCCGAUUUGUCUUCAUCGUCAUCAGACUCUGACUCAGACUCCUCAGGCAGUGCCUACUAUAGCAUGCCAGUGAACACUGAACGCAAGGGACUUCGCCAGAAGGUCACGGAGCUGGAGGCUGGCCCAAUCAUGAACAUAGAGCUCCAGUUAGCCGCAGAAGAAAAUAGCAAUAGCAUGUUUAAUGAACAAGAAAAUGGGAAAUUUGAACAACUGCUUGGAAAAAUUAUGAGAUAUGAGGAAGAGUUGAGGGGUUCAAAGCGAAAGCUCCAGCUCUCGGAAGAAGAGGUUGCUAGAUUAAAGGGUGAGCUUGAGAAAAGCCAACCCUUUACGGUUAUUGCAGAGACUUUGCAGGAUCAGCUUGAAUUGGCACAUAGAGAUAUCAGAACGAGGGACGCUGAUCUUGAAGUGGAGAGAACAAAAGUGGUGGAGCUGCAAAAGGGAUUAGCUGACAAUACAAAUGAAUUACAAGGCCAGCUAAAAUCGGCUGAAGAAGAAAAAAACUUGUUAAGGAGCAAGCUUGAUUCAGAGUUCUGGCAGGUUGUAGACUUGCAAGAGAAGAUUGUUAAAUAUAAAAAUGAUGUUUCUGCACUUGAUAAUGAGGUGAAAGCAUCAAAACUUGCACUAGUUGACGCGCAGGAAAAUUUCUUAGCUGAAAGAGCACAUUUGCAGUCUGAGAUAUCUAGUUUGUUAGAGAGAAACACUAUGAUGGAGUCAAGGCAAAGAGAGUGGGAAUUACAAGGGAAAUCCAUGGAGGAGAAGUAUAGGCAAAUUGAAAAUGAGAAAAUGGAAAUGCAGCUUCUUUAUGAUGGUCAGAGGAUAGGGCUGCAAGGAGAGAUAAGUGAACUGAAGGAGGAAAUUGGCAACAAAAAUGUCCAUGUGGAGAAUCUGAAUAAGAAUCUUGACAGCCUUAAGUUCAAGUAUGACAUGGUUAUGGCAGAGAAAGAUGAGAUGAAUGCCAAGGUGAACCAACUGAUUGCAGAAGUGAGUUGCAAGGACAAUGAAAUGAGGCAAAUGCAUAUUGAAAAUUCGAACCUGAUUGCUGGGACAGAAUGUGCGGAAAAGACCGUGGGUGAGUUGAGAAUGAGAAUAGUGGAGCUGGAGAAGGAAGUGGAGAAGCAAAGAUGUGAGCUUUUUGAUGGGGCAGAGGAGAAAAGGGAAGCAAUAAGGCAGCUUUGUUUCUCCUUGGAUCACUACAGGAGUGGGUAUAGAGAAAUCUGCCGAGCAUUUCAGAUAAGGCAUUCAGUUAUUGCUUCUUAAGUGAAAUUUCCAUAUUUGCUUAUUCAAUUUGUUGUUUGUGGUAUCAAAACAUUUUAAUGCUUGCUGCACUGCUACUCAUGUUUUUGUUGUAUUACUAUUAUGUUUUCUCAGAAAGGUUAGGCUUGGACCAUUGGAAUUCAAUAUAAUAUGCAUUGUCAUAA